AUGAGGCGGCCGCCGUGCUGCGACAAGGAUGGCGUGAAGAAGGGGCCGUGGACGCCCGAGGAGGACCUCGUCCUCGUCUCCUACGUCCAGGAGCACGGCCCCGGCAACUGGCGCGCAGUCCCCGCCAACACAGGUGGGUGUGGUGUGGGUGGGUACACUGCCACACUGGCCAUGUCGCUCGACGUCGUACGCUCUCAUGGGAGUUCACAGCCACUGAUCGAUAUUCUCACUCUGCUGCCUGCAUCUCAUGCAGGGCUGCUGCGGUGCAGCAAGAGCUGCCGCCUCCGGUGGACCAACUACCUCCGCCCGGGCAUCCGCCGGGGCGGCUUCUCCGACCAGGAGGACAGGCUCAUCGUCCACCUCCAGGCGCUCCUCGGCAACCGCUGGGCCGCCAUCGCCUCCUACCUCCCCGACCGCACCGACAACGACGUCAAGAACUACUGGAACACGCACCUCAAGAAGAAGCUCCUCCUCCAGCAGCAGCAGCAGCAGCGCGCCUCCACCGCCGCCGCCUCGUCACCGACGCCGCCCAAGGGGCAGUGGGAGCUCAAGCUGCAGACCGACAUCGACCUCGCCAGGCGCGCCCUCCGCGACGCCCUCUCCGUCGACGCCGCCGCCGGCGCCGGUCCGCCGGGGAUGGCCACCGCGAGCUCGGCACCGUCGGCGCCGUCCGCCGGCGGCCCAGCAGAGGCACAGGCGUACGCGCUCACCGCGGGCAGCGUCAACAGGACGAUGCUGGACGGGUGGGCGGCGGCUACAGCGCCAGGGAGGAGCUGCGUCGUCGUCGGUGGCACCGUCAUCCCGGCCCCGGCGACGCCCGGCGCGGCCGACAGCGCGUCGGGGUCGUCGUCCGAGCUAACGACGGAGUGUUCUGGCUCCAUCUCCAGCGCCUCCAAUAAACGCGCCGCGCCGGUGGCUGCCGGCCACCAGCUGCUGCUCGUGCGCGAGGAGAAUACGACAUCGGCCGGGCAAGGGGAGGUGCCAUUGUCGGCGAUCGAGUCGUGGCUGCUGGAGGACGACGGCGGCGAGCAGAAGCUGCCGCACGAAAGCCUCCUGCUCGACGCCGUCCUGCAUAAUUUCGGUUUCUAA